AUGACCCACGAUAAUCAGCGUGAGCUUGCUCUCCAGAAGAACAUGAAAAAGCAAAGCAACUCAGGCAAGGGAAAACUCUGGGAUGAUGGACUUUCUUCCACUGCCCAAAAGCAGAGGGACUCAGAGAUCAUGCAACAGAAGCAGAAAAAGGCCAAUGAGAAGAAGGAAGAGCCCAAGUAA